UUCCGUUCUGUCGUCAUCACGUGGCUCAGGUACGCCACGCCCGGUCCACGCUGUCCCAGCGCGCCGCUCGGCCUCCGCCGUUGCUAAGAGGCCUUGGAUACCUGGCGGCGGGAUGCUGGGCGGCGUCAGGUGAAGAUGGUGGUCACCGGGCCUCAGGUAACCAUGGAGAAGGAGCUUCGGAGCACCAUUCUUUUCAAUGCAUACAAAAAGGAAGUGUUUAUCACCAACAAUGGCUAUAAAUCGAUGCAGAAGAGACUUCGGAGCAAUUGGAAGAUUCAGAGCUUAAAAGAUGAAAUCACAUCUGAGAAGUUAAUUGGUGUGAAACUGUGGAUUACAGCUGGGCCAAGGGAAAAAUUUACUGCAGCUGAGUUUGAGGUCCUGAAGAAAUACCUUGACGGCGGUGGAGAUAUCCUUGUGAUGCUAGGAGAGGGUGGGGAAUCCAGAUUUGACACCAAUAUUAACUUUCUCCUUGAAGAAUAUGGAAUCAUGGUUAAUAAUGAUGCUGUGGUUAGAAAUGUAUAUUAUAAGUAUUUCCAUCCUAAAGAAGCUCUAGUUUCCAAUGGAGUCUUGAAUAGGGAGAUUAGCCGAGCUGCAGGGAAGGCUGUGCCUGGAAUCAUUGAUGAGGAGAGCAGUGGAAACAAUGCCCAGGCUCUCACCUUUGUAUAUCCUUUUGGUGCCACAUUGAGUGUCAUGAAACCAGCAGUUGCUGUUCUGUCCACGGGUUCUGUCUGUUUUCCACUGAACAGACCCAUUCUGGCUUUCUAUCACUCCAAGAACCAAGGUGGGAAGCUGGCGGUGCUUGGCUCAUGUCACAUGUUUAGUGACCAAUAUUUGGAUAAAGAAGAAAAUAGCAAAAUCAUGGAUGUUGUUUUCCAAUGGCUUACAACAGAAGACAUUCAUCUUAACCAGAUUGAUGCUGAGGAUCCAGAGAUUUCCGACUACAUGAUGCUGCCUGACACAGCCACCCUGUCAGAGAUGCUUCGAGUGUGUCUCCAAGAGGGUGAUGAGAACCCACGGGACUUCACCACCCUCUUUGACCUGUCCAUUUACCAGCUGGAUGUCACCUCCCUCUCCAAGGUCAUCAAGGCUUAUGAACAGCUCAACGUGAAACAUGAACCUCUCCAGCUCAUCCAACCUCAGUUUGAGACGCCGCUGCCUGCCCUUCAGCCAGCGGUUUUCCCUCCCAGUUUCAGGGAAUUGCCACCUCCUCCACUGGAGCUGUUUGACCUGGAUGAGACAUUCUCCUCGGAGAAGGCACGGCUUGCUCAGAUUACCAAUAAGUGUACUGAAGAAGACCUGGAAUUCUAUGUCAGGAAAUGUGGUGACAUUCUUGGAGUAACCAAUAAACUACCAAAGGACCAACAAGAUGCCAAACAUAUCCUUGAGCACAUCUUCUUCCAAGUGGUGGAGUUCAAGAAAUUGAACCAGGAACAUGACAUUGAUACAAAUGAAACUGCAUUCCAGGACAAUUUCUGAGGACUGAGCCUCUUGAAGCAUUUUCUCCCUUCUUAUUUGUAAACUGUUUUUCAAUUGUUCCUCAAUCCUUUAUCAAAAUUGUCCAUCUACUCUUCUAUGAACUGUGGAAGAGUUGUGUAUCUUCUGUAGUGCCAGAUAGGUAUAACAUUUCUAACUUAGAAAAUCCUUAUGUAAGAUAUGUUCCAUUUUUAAAAUCAAAUGAUUAAAUCUGUACUUUUAUAAUUUAUGAAA